CCCACCCUCGCUCGAGUCCAACCCCCAGCAGCCUCCUUCCUCUAGUCUCCCCUCCUCUCCCCCUGUUGCCAUCUCCAACCUAAUCUUUCUCCUCUCGCCGGUCUGCCCGACGGAUUCCAAAAGGGCUCGCUCAUUCGGGGGAAAAGCUGUUCGCCGUGGCUCCCAAUCUCAUCCAUUUCUUGCCUGUUCCAGGAAUCUGUGGAAUUUUGUGUCUUUAAAGGCAAUCCAGGGUCUGGUCCUGAACUGUCGGGGCUCCAUGUCUAAGUGGGAACCUGUCACAUUUGAGGAAUCUCUUAGCUUUGUUAAGAGAGUUAAGGCUCGUGACUACUUGUUAUACCUGUCGCUGCUCAAUGUGCUCACCCGGAGUGAUCAGAUCCCUCUGGAAGCUUACAACGAGCUUUUACUUCUUUUCCGGGAUCACGGAGACCUGCUAGAGGAGCUAGGGAAGUUCAGACCCCUCCCCCCUUUCCCAAGCACUGUGUACAGCCACAACACAAUCUGGAUGUUCAUAUUCCUGAUGCCCUUUCUGCUCCUGAGCCUUCUCCUCGCGUUUGAGAAGCCGUUGGAUAGCUUCCUUCUCCGAUAACCCGUUGCGAGCUAAAGAUCAGCACUACGAUGAAAGUGACCGGACACGGAAUGCGUGCAUGGGCUGCUGUCUUGUGAUAUCCCCUCAGAGCCCAUUGCCUUAUUGGUGCUUUUGUGAUCAUGUUCAUCCUUUUGUGAUCCGCCCGCAUACCGGUGCGCGGAUAGUAUCUCUGAAUCUCUCGGAAGGACAGGCUAAAUCGAUUUUUUUGGCUUGUUCAAGACAAACUUCAGUGUACAAUUGACAAACUAAAUGAAAGAGUUUAGUUUUACAUGCAA